CGUUGCAGUUGCCAGUUGCUAGUUGUAGCCAAACUCACUUAGCAGCUGACAAUGACAGGCCCCCUUAUUUGCACCUCCACUCCUCCCCACAAGUUCACCUGCGUUAAUAGCCGCCUGCCAGCCAAGUGUCUGGCAAAGGCUUUGCCCAGUUGCCUAAACGACAUUGUCACUUGCGGUUGGUUGGGCGCUCCAUCUCCAUCUCCAUCUCCAUCUCCGGCUGCUCCUGCUCUUCGUCCUGGCAGUUCUGGUCGUCCUGGCGCCUCCUGCGGCUUCUGCAGUCGAGUUGCCAUCGGUUUAUGGCAGGUUAAACACCAGCCACAAUGAAACACUGUGCUGUGAAGUGAUAAACAUAUGCGCGUUUUGGCACAAAUCAAUUAGCAAUUAUUGUGAAUCGUGCACUCAAAGACGGCCAAAAUGUCCAAAGGCCAAAUGACAAAUCAGCUGAAUUUGGAGCAUCCGCUGCUGUCAGCCAUUCCGGGAAAUAAUUAUGCGCAAACGCAGCGCAUGCAUUACUAUCCCAACCACUACUACCCGAGCAACUACUUCCCGGGCCAUUACCACCAAGGACACCAUGGAUUCCAGGGGCAUCCGGGGCAACUGGGACGACCCCCGCUCCAGGCGGCCGCCAGCAGCCACAACGGUGCUUAUGCGGCCACGGCGGCUGGCAGCGGACACUCCGGCUACGGCAGCAUCGAGCCGUCGCUGGAGUAUGAGCUGCCACACGACCCACCCUCGGGCAGCUUCUCCUCCUACCAUCCCAGCAGUGCCGGCAGUGGGCCCGCAUACCCACCGCACCACCCACAGGAGGCGCCACCACCGCCCCCACCCACCAAAUCCUCAAAGAAAUCGAAGAAAAGCGCCGGCUCGGUGAUGAACGCACUAACGCUGCUCUCGUUCUUCUUCUUUGUGAACCUGCUGCAGAGCUGCCUGAAGGAUCACAUGGCGGACAUGAAUCCCACCGUGAUGGUGCUCACCGCCAGCGCGACUCGCAACCGUUUCAACAAAUUAGCCGAGAUGAACUCACGCGAACAGACCUCCACCACGGCCACCGAAUCGGCGGCUGCAUCAUCAUCUUGGAAUCUGAAUCUGAAUCCGAAUCAAAAUCAGAAUCAGAAUCCGAAUCAGGCUGCUUUAGUUCCGGCCGUCGAGCCCAGUGUACCGCCCUCAAUUGUUUUGCCCACGGUGGUGCUGCAAUCGCCCUACAGCGGUGGCAUAUCAGUGGUGGCUAAUAAACCCCAUCAGCAGGACCACCAGUCGAACCCUCAGCAAAAACCCCAUGAUUAUCGUCCCCACAUCGUGGAUGAUGAUUAUAAUUACGGGCAGCGCAGACCUCCUUCUCAGACCUAUUCGACCACCUCCGAUUUCUAUCCUAAUCGCACACACAUCGACCACUCGUCCCGGCCCGACUUUGAAUCGGAGUCGGUGGGGUCCGAUUACUAUCAGCACCACUACAACCCGUAUGCCGGCACAAAUUCCCGUCGGCAUCCUUGGUCUUAUGGCAGGCAGCGUUACUCAUCCGCACCGUGGUCUUCAGCUUCGUUGGGCGCUCAGUCGGGCGUGAGCUCUUACUUGGAUAAUGCCCAGCGCCGGCAAGGUGAUGAUGACGAUGGUCAUGGUUAUGGCUAUCGGGAUGGGGUUCCGAAUGGGGAUCGGGAUGGGUACUGGGAUGGCGAUGAGGAUGAGGAUGAGGAUGGUCAGCAGCGGCGACGCGGCGAUGCUUUCUAUACUCGCACACGCAUUAAUUGAAUGCAAGAAUACCGCGCACAUUUCUAUGUUGCCUGGUGGGGAUUUGCUGCAUUAACCCAUUGCACAAAAAUGGGGUGGAAAAAUGUAGAUGGGCAGGAUGGUUUCAAUGGAUUUUUCAGCGCACCAUAACCAGCGUUUAUGGCUUGAUGCGCUUUAUGUUCUCUGGAUAUUUUAAGCGUGUUACAUAUUAUUUUUUUUGGUAUUUUUAAUUUAAUAUUAUUCAAAUUUAUG